AUGACCCUUAACCGAGGCUUCACCAAUGAAGGGGAUCGUAUAAUUGACUACCUAGAGAACGGUAUAUUCGAGGCCGUAGACAAGCAAUACCUUCGCAAAGUUAUAUUCGGCAUUUACUUGGACAGUAAAGACCCCAACAACUUGGUGGAGGCUUACACGUUCAAUUUCCAUUACCACAAGCUGCCCGGAAGUGACUCGGCCAUACCUAUCAUGACUCUUGGAGAUGAAAUGUCGAAGAUGUCUCUUGCGCGCUCAGACCCUGUUUCUGAGGCCCUCAAGAAGGGACAGAUGCCGACUCUUGGGGAGGUCAAAAGGAGUGUCAAGUCGCUCAUAACCACCAUUAAUCAGAUGGAAAACCUUCCGAAGAAUCGUUACGGCAAUUUCAAAUUGUUCUUCAACGAAGAUGCCCCAGAUGACUAUCAGCCCCCUCAUUUCCAGGCGGCAGACGCUGAAGCUAAUAGAUGGUUCUUCACUACCCAUGCGGCGGGUGAAGUACCGGAACGAACGAGUAUCGGCAGAGUGAAUGCAGGAUGGCAUGGCGUCGACAUGAAAGUUGUUUCAGUAUCGUCGUAUCUUCCUUCUAUAACUGAAGACAACAAUGCACCAUUCGCGGGUAUCACAUCGCACACAGCUCCGAAAUUGACUCCAGUCGAAGAGGCGAGAAUUAGGGUAGAGGAUGCACAGCUGCAAAAGAAAGAUGCGUUGGAGCGCAACAUCGUCUGGAGCGUAGAUGAAGACGAGGAUGCCGAGGGUGAGAUGGUAAUUGACGAAGGGAUUGUUUUGUCCAGGUUCGGUGGCGACGUGCUUAUGGCCCCCGUCGGCGUACGCAGCGAAGAUGGAGGGGUUCGACCAUUCUCUCAAGUCGAUACUUCGUCGGCCGCUCAUGCACAGUAUGGUGGUAUCUCGGAGUCGACCCCGAUGCGCGUUGGAGACCUGAACAUCAGAAAGGCUGUUCAUAACAUCGAGGGAACCCAACAGAUCCCAGCCACUCAGGAGAUUGUGAUGGGUUCACCAAUACCUGCUCCUAAGGGCCUUUCAUUGCCUGCUUCUGACAUUGCUUCCCCUGCUUCGGCUAUCUCCACUCAAGAGGUUGAUACUCAAUACCUCAAGGAUCUCCUGGGAAUGAGGAAUGAGAUGUCCACGGCGCCUGAUUCAGAGAUGUUGGGUAUGACCUCCAUGUGGUUGCACCCGUUGGUUCCAUGUCUGGUACGCAUUUCUGUUUCCCGUACAGAUCAAGCCUCUGACGAAGACCUGUCGGGUAGGUGCAUGGGAUAUCACGGUGCACGAGACAAGCGCCUCCCUGCUCGAUUUAUUUGCCUUGAUUGUCGUCUCCGCGGAUCACACGAUUGGGACAUCUUCUCGGGGAAGAUUCAUGCUGACAUGAUCGCUCGAUACAAAGACCUAGCCCUCUUCAGGAGGGCCAUCAAGAUUUUUGAGGUGCAUCAGCCCUCCUCGGCGGCACUAUUCAGGGAGCACAUUGGGUGUGACACUGCACUGAUUGGUCAACUUCUGACGAGGCUAGAAGAAGAAGGCUUUAUUGCAGUUGAAAGCAUCGUCUCUGACGAACUAGGCAUUGGCGUUACCCGCUCCCACGCAAAAAAGGGCAAGAAAACUAAAACCAAAAAGCAGAAGGAGCUUCAAAAAACCAAAUACGUCUUCCUCGUCAAGGCAAAACGAUCAAAGGCCUAUUCUGAUUACUUUGACCCACUUCCGGAAGUUGAGAACCGCCUUAUGGGCCUAUCUGAUACGGUCAGAGAUACAAUUUACAAUCAUUCUACUUCGACUGGGGUUGCAGAUUCCAACUUAGGUCCUGAGGUCACGUCACGCCAGGGUUGCUCUGAUGACGAAUCCCAAACUCAAGAAGCGACUCAGAACGUCCUCACGCUGGCGGUUGUCCAUCAAGCCGAAAAACGCAAGGCUGCGACUGAUCUGGCGCGCCGCGAGAAACGGCUCAAGAUAUCAAUUGGCUCAGGCGUCGAUCUUUGCGACUGA